ACUGGGACAGUUAACUACUUAGACUUUUUGAAAGAAUUACAGAAAUUUUCACAAAUUUAUUGCACGAAUUUAGAGAUGAAGCCGACAAUCACCUCGUGGGCCGAUGAGGUAGAGGCAGACUAUGUGGACGGACUGCCGCCCUCGAAGGAGCACGUGGAUGGCGACUAUAAGCACGUCACCGAGUACAAGUUCAACGAUGAGGGCAAGAAGAUUAAGGUGGUGCGCAGCUUCAAGAUCGAGAAGAAGAUCGUAUCGAGGGCAGUGGCAAAGCGCCGCAGUUGGACCAAGUUUGGCGACUCCAAGCUGGACAAGCCGGGCCCCAAUUCGUACACCACCAAGGUGGCCGACGAGAUCCUGAUGAACUACAUGGGCUCCAAGGACUUUGAGCACACCCAGGAUCCGCUGGACGCGGGCAAGCCCAUUGCCAAGUGCCGCAUAUGCAACGGCGAGCAUUGGUCUGUCAAGUGCCCCUACAAGGGCACCUCCAUGGACAUCGAGAGCAAGGCCAUUGCGGCGGCCACUGCCGCUGUGGGCGAGUCCAGCAAGACGGGCAAGUAUGUGCCGCCGUUCCUCAAGGAGGGCGCCAAGGGACGCGAGCGCGAUGAUUCAUCGGCUGUGCGCAUUUCCAACCUGUCCGAGUCGAUGACCGAGGAUGAUCUCGAGGAGCUGGUCAAGAAGAUUGGCCCACACACCAAGAUGUAUCUGGCGCGCGAGAAGAACUCGGGCCUGUGCAAGGGCUUUGCCUAUGUGCACUUCAAAUAUCGCAAGGACGCGGCCGAGGCUAUCGAAGUACUCAACGGACACGGCUAUGAUCACCUAAUCCUAAGCGUGGAGUGGUCCAAGCCGCAAAACUAAGCACACACACACACACAUCUUAUCCGAUACCCUGCCGCAUAUGUCCUUUGGCUGGGAAAAGCGCAAAGCUGCGCAGGAAUCGAGGCAAAGUUGAAACAAACUAAAAACUUUGAGUAAAUCCGAUAAUGCCAGGUUUUAAA